AUGAGUAGAGAUAUUGAAUUUGAUAAUGAAUGGUAGGCUCUACUUAAAGAAAUAAAACUAUAAAUGCAAAUAUAGAAUGUUCUUGAGGACAAAUUACUCUAAAUGAUAACAAAAUUUGGGACAGUUAGAGGUAAAUUUGAUAUAUUCAAAAGUAAUACAAGUACUUUUCAUAUAUAGAUCGAGUAUUAAUUUUAAUUUCCAACUAACAGGUACAAGAAAUAAAUUAAAAUGAACUAUUACUCUAAAUUUACUCUCAUCUUUUUGAAAUUAUUCAUUAUUAGAAUGUAUUAGUCAUAUUUAUAUCAUAGAUCAAUAUCACUGAACUUGAACUAUAAUAAAAGUAUGAAAUUGAAAAAAUCAUUAAACAAUAUGAAGAAAAAUUAAUGAUACCAAAAUAUGUUCCUUCCAGUUUGUCAUACAUAAAUUAAUUGGAUAAUAAUCAAGAAAAAAAUUUAAACUUAAAAUAGAUUACAUGUUUAACUGAAGAAAACAUUGAAAAACAAACUUAAUAGAAAUUAUAUACAUAGGAUGAUGAUUAAAAAGUUUUUAAAGGAUUUGUAAUGUAUGAUUUCAAAAAAUAAUACUUUCUAAUGUUAAUAAGAAAAGGAUUUAAUAGUGAUAAAGUUUGGAUUGAAGAAAGAAGCAAAAUUGAAAAAUUUAUUUUGAGUAGACAAAAGAAAUUGGAUAUAACUAUAUCAAUGUCUACAUAAUUUGCUUAAUAUUUCAUAGAAUAUGAUAGUUAAACAAGUAAUAUAUAUGAUAUAAGGAUAGAAUUUUAUUUUAUUUUGUUAUCUAAUAAUCGAAUUCCACAUUCACCUUAAUUUGAAUUGCUUUCAAGAAUUAGAGGUUUCAUUUCAAGUGAAUCAAAUUUAUAAAAAGUAACAAAAUAAUAUUAAUAGCAGUAAAGGAAAAAUGAAAUUGAAAGCAAAUACUUAUGUAUAGUUAAUGAUAUCAUUGAUGCUUAAGAAAGAAUUUACAUUAAAGCAAAAAAUCGACAAUUUAAUUAAUCUAUUGCUACUAUUAUUUAAUCAAAAAAUAACAUCUAUGAAGAGAAAAAAUAUCAUUCAUUAUAAUAGUUUUGA